AUGAGUUCAACAAUGAAGCUGGUCACAGCAGCGCUCUUGCUGGGCUUAAGCAUGAUGGUCACUGAUAUGAGUGAAGGUUCAUGCGUCCCUAACACCCUCUCCGAAGAAGAUUCUCGCAUGUGCAACGGUCUUCAUGUUGAAUACCCCGAGCUGGGCAAUAUUGCCUGCUAUUAUAUUCCUAGUUGUGACAACUACAGAGAUAUGAUCACCAUCUGGCCACAGCCGAUUGUCACGUUCCCCAGAGCCAAAGAGACUGAAACUUAUAUCCUGAUCAUGGUGGAUCCAGACGCCCCCAGCAGAUCUUCUCCCACAGCUCGCUACUGGAGACACUGGUUGGUGACAGAUAUCAAGGGUAGUAACUUGAAGAAAGGGAAGAUUCAAGGCAAGGUGCUAACAUCCUACAGUCCUCCCACCCCCCCACCACACACUGGCUUCCAUCGCUACCAGUUCUUCGUCUAUCGUCAAGAGGGGAAGACCAUUUCUCUCCUUUCCAAAGAAAACCAAACUCGAGGCUCUUGGAAUAUGGAAAGAUUCGUGAAAUGCUUUCACUUGAAUAAACCUGAAGCAACCACCCAGUUCAUGACCCAAAACUCCCUGGACGAACCAGAAACCAAGCCUCCCCGAAGAGGGGACCACCCUGAAUGA